CGAAGCAACACGUUCUGUGUUCGAAUUUAGAAAUGAAUUUUAUGAAAAAGCGUGUUUUUAAAAAUACGCGUGUUUAGAAAUGAACGUAUUUGCACCGCUAUUAGCGCGAGCUGAGAAAGUUAUUUAGGUUGAGUUUUCAGUUAGUUAUGUUUGAACAACGAAAGUGACUGUGAUCUCUGAAAACAUUAUCGGUUUCAGCGAAGCCGUGACGCUUGUGUAACUAACUGUGAGUGAUUGUGGAAUUAUUGGUUUUUGUUUACACCAAAGAUACUAAGAUGAAUCAAAAGUGCAAAGUAUGCGGAGAGCCAGCGGCUGGGUUCCAUUUUGGUGCCUUCACGUGUGAAGGAUGCAAGUCAUUCUUCGGUCGCUCCUACAACAAUCUGAAUUCAAUCACCGAGUGCAAAAACAAUGGCGAAUGUGUCAUUAACAAGAAAAACCGAACGGCGUGCAAAGCGUGUCGACUGCGGAAGUGUCUCAUGGUCGGCAUGUCUAAAUCCGGCUCCAGGUAUGGAAGACGGUCAAACUGGUUCAAGAUUCACUGUCUUUUACAAGAACAGCAACAAGCUGCUCAGUCACAAUCACCACCGAGGAUGCCUCAGUCACCUCACCUCGCACCGCCGUUCCCGCCUCACCUUUUCCCUGGGCUUGCUAGACCACGAUCUAAAGAAGAACUAGCUUUAUUAGGUCUGGAUGACUACAAAAGGCCCUGCUCUGGAUCGCCAGACUCACAUCGAAGUGGUUCAUCCCCUAAGCUAGACGAAAAGACUCGGAUUACGCAAUCUCGCCCACCGGAUAGACCACUGACCCCACCUAGAGAUGCCUUCCUGCAACUCCCCUUAGCCAAUAUUACCUUGCCCCACUUUCCCCAUUCGCCGUUUUUACCACCACCACAUUUUAACCCAUUUCCCCCAAAUCACCCACUACUAUUUCCGCCUGGUUUCCACCCGAUUUACUCAAGACAUUUACUCGACCAUGCAGCCUUACGGCAAGCAGCUGAAAACAAUAAUGAUGUCAGAAUCGAUGAUAACAAUACCGAGAACUCAAAGCGCUUCUUUUUAGAUGAAAUUCUCAAACAACAAAGAUCAGUCCAGCCUACGCCACAAGAAGACAUUAUAUCUGAGGCUGAAUUUGUACCUACUCCACCCGCCGAAAGGAGAACGUCGGAAUCUCCCCUACAAGAGAACCCUAUGGACUUAUCCGUUAAAUCAGAUGGAAGAUCAAGUUCUGCCCGACGGAGGUCAGAUGACAGUGAAAUAAUCACUCCUGACAAUGAUGAUCCAGAGUCUGGAAGCGACCGAGCGUCCGCUAGUGAAGAGGAAGAUAUGGCUUACUCUCAGAUAAAAAGGAUUAAGCUCCACCCUCUAGAUCUGACGACCAAAGUCUGACGCCAAUUACAAAGAAGCGCUUCAACAGCGCUGCUAUGACUUACUAUUGACCACACCAUGUCGAAGGCCAGUAAAUUGGAUGGUAUUACGGUAGGACGAAGAGUCUUAGGAAAGUUUGUUCUGUGAAUUGUUAUCGAUUGAAUAAAGAGUCUAUCCAAAUACGUAUCUUAAGUAGUUUGUAGUUAAUAAAAAUGUUAUUCGUACUUAAAGCCCGGUUGAUGGAUGUAAAAAUUGUGUGUAAAUACUAAAUUAUUUGUACUGUAAGCAUUAGGUUAGUUAGCUGGUUUUUAAAGAGAAAAUGGAACAUUGUUGCAUCCCAUUUUAACGAGAAAAUAAUAUAACUGCAUAUAUUUUUGUAUUAUUUUAAUAUAAUUUAUUCAAUUCUAGUAGAAUUUUGAUUGACGUGUCGUUUGAAUUUUUAACAUGUUUUAACUUCGGGUGCAUUGUGAAGAAACCUUUUGUUUUCGAUUCAAAUCUAAAUUAACUUUAAGUUCUAAGAUUAUACGUCCUUGAUAUAUUUAGUUUGAAACAUUCCAUAUCGUUUACAAGGUAUUUUUGUAAACUCUAUACUUAUACAUUCCUAUGGAUUUGCUCAAUAUUUCAUUGUAAUGUUUUAUAUACUGCAUUGUGUACUCAACUUAAUAAAAAUUUAGUCGAAAAUACAUACUCAGAUGUCAUAGUUUUGUGAGAAAUAUAUGUGUAUAUAAAGUUAUUAUAAGUAGCAUGUUUUAUGAAAGAAAU